UGGCCGAACGGCUUAGCCAUCCACCUUCUGAGCGAGAGGCUGAGCCAGAGUAGCCCAAGAUCCGGUCAGCCAUGAUGUUCUGCACACCUUGAUUUACAAAAUGGUCUUGAUCUUUUUAAAAAUUCCGUUUAACAGAGAGACGCAGAAAGUUUCCGAUUCUUCUACAAAGAAAAAUGCUGAAUGGGGACCCGCCCAUGGACGCUGAAGGGGACAGGGACUGAGAGGCUAAGCCUGCGUCCCACGCCCACACUCGGAACCGGUCCAGGAUUUUUGUUGCUAUGUGAACUUUGGAGAGACUCUCCCGGGCACCCACUUGGAAAUGAAUUAGGCAUUUUUCUUGGAUGGUCUCCCGUGCUGGGCGGCCCGGUGGGCCCCGGGUUUGGGCCCAGCAGGAGAAGCAUCCUAGCCGCAGCUCCACGCCCAGCUGGGAAUCCUCUGCCCUGACGAGCAGCCUCGUUAUUUGCCGGGGAAUCGAGUAUUAGCUCAGCACGGGAGCAGCCCUCGCUCAGCGGAGACACUCGCAGGCCCACGGUGGUGCCCCCUGGAGAAGAGCCACCCCCCAAACCCCGGCUUGCGUGUUUGCUGUGCGGAGAAUCCCCCGGGCUCAGGACCAUGGGAGACCACCUGGACCUUCUCUUAGGCGUGGUGCUCAUGGCCAGCCCUGUGUGGGGAGUCUCUCCCUGCUCCUGCGACGGCCGGAUGGCUGUGUAUCUUUCCUGCAACCUCACCCAGGUGCCCCCGGUCCCCAACACCACCGAGAGGCUCCUGCUGAGCUUCAACUACAUCAGGACUGUCACCGCCUCGUCCUUCCCCUUCCUGGAGCAGCUGAAGCUGUUAGAACUGGGGGCCCAGCACACGCCCCUCGCCGUCGGCAAAGAGGCCUUCAGGAACCUGCCCGAUCUCCGGAUCCUGGACCUGGGCGGAAGUCAGAUCGACUUCUUGCACCCAGACGCGUUCCAGGGGCUGCCCCACCUGUCCGAGCUGAGACUGUUCUCCUGUGGCCUGUCCGAUGUCGUACUGAAAGACGGCUAUUUCAGAAAUUUAAAGUCCUUAACUCGCUUGGACUUAUCCAUAAAUCAGAUUCGUAGCCUUUGCUUCCAUCCUUCAUUUCAGGAACUGAAUUCCCUAAAGUCCAUAGACUUUUUCCUCAACCAGAUACACACUCUGUGUGGGAGCGAGCUGCAGCCCCUGCGAGGGAAAACGCUCGCCCUCGGACUCGCGGCCAACGGUCUAUACGGCACCGCCGCAGCCGACUGGGGCAGAUGCACCAACCCGUUCCGAGACGUGGUGCUGGACAGCCUGGACGUUUCGGAGAACGGCUGGACGGUGGACACCACGGGAAACUUCAGCAAAGCCAUCAGUGGAAGCCGGAUUUCCUCUCUGAGUCUCUCCCACCACGUCAUGGGUUCCGGGUUUGGCUUCCACAACAUCAGAGAUCCCGACCAGAGCACGUUUGCUGGCCUGGCCAGAAGCUCGCUGACCCGCCUGGAUCUUUCCCACGGGUUUAUCUUCUCCCUGAACCCCCGCCUCUUCGAGACACUCAAGGACCUGAAGCUUCUGAACCUUGCCCACAACAGGAUAAACAAGAUCGCAGACGAAGCGUUUUACGGACUCGACAACCUCCAGGUUCUCAAUCUGUCCUAUAACCUUCUGGGAGAACUUUACAAUUCAAACUUCUAUGGACUAACUAACGUGGCCUAUGUUGAUCUGCAAAAGAAUCACAUUGGGAUAAUUCAAGAGCAAACGUUCACACUCCUGAAAAAACUAAAUACCUUGGAUCUCCGAGACAAUGCUCUUCAAACCCUUUCUCUCGUUCCAGGAGUAUCCACCAUCUUCUUGGGAGGGAAUAAACUGAUGACUUUGCCCAGGACGAGCCUUGAAGCCAGCUUCAUCCAGUUAUCCGCGAACAGGCUAGACAAUAUGGAUGAACUCUACUUUCUUCUUCAGAUACCUCACCUCCAGAUUCUCAUCUUAAAUCAAAAUCGCUUAUCCUCUUGCACGCGAAGUCCUACCCCUUCAAAGAAUCUCAGCCUAGAAAAACUUUUGCUUGGAGAAAAUAUGUUGCAACUUGCCUGGGAAGCUGGGCUUUGUUGGGAUGUUUUUAAAGGUCUUUUCCACCUCCGAAUUCUACAUUUGAAUAAUAACUACCUUACUUUCCUUCCACCAGGAGUGUUUAGUGAUUUGACUGCAUUAAGGGGACUCAACCUCAACUCCAACAGGCUGACAGUUCUGUAUUCUGACGAUUUGCCUGCUAAUUUAGAAAUCUUGGAUGUGUCCAGAAACCAACUCCUCGUUCCCGAUCCUGAUUUAUUUGUAUCCCUCAGUGCCUUGGACAUAACUCAUAACAAGUUUAUUUGCCAGUGUGAACUUAGCCCUUUGAUUCAGUGGCUCAAUGAGACCAAUGUCACUAUAUUUGGGUCUCCUGAGGACAUGUCCUGCUCGUACCCUGACUCCCUCUCUGGGGUCUCCCUGUACUCUGUCUCCACAGAAGGCUGUGACGAAGAGGAAGUUUUAAAGUCCCUGCAGCUUUCCCUUUUCAUCUUCUUCACCGUCACUUUGACUCUCUUCCUCGUGGCUGUCCUCGUGGUCACCAAGUUCCGGGGCUUUUGUUUCACCUGUUACAAGACAGCCCAGAGACUGGUGUUCGGGGACCAUCGCCGGGAAGCACAGCCCGAUCCGUACAAAUACGAUGCCUAUCUGUGCUUCAGCAGCAAAGACUUGGAGUGGGUGCAGAGCGCUUUGCUCAAACACCUGGACAUUCAGUACAGUGACCAGAAUAGAUUCAACCUCUGCUUCGAAGACAGGGACUUUGUCCCGGGGGAAAACCACCUCGCCAACAUCCAGGAUGCCGUCUGGAGCAGCAGGAAGGUCGUCUGUCUUGUGAGCAGACACUUCCUUAGGGACGGCUGGUGCCUCGAAGCCUUCAGCUACGCCCAGGGCAGGAGCCUGAGUCACCUCAGCGCUGCCCUAAUCGUCGUGGUGGUCGGGUCCCUGUCUCAGUACCAGCUGAUGAGACACCAGUGCGUCCGAGGGUUUGUGCAGAAACGGCAGUACCUGAGGUGGCCCGAGGACCCCCAGGAUGUUGGCUGGUUUCUUAACAAACUCUCUCAACAGAUACUCAAGAGAGAAAGAGACAAGAAGAAAGACGAUGGCGUUCAGUUGCAAACCGUAGGAACCGUCUCCUAAGCAAGAGAGCAGUUUCCAACUUCUCUCAAGCCACAAAUAACCCUUCACUUUGUAUUUCCCACCAAGUCACCAUUUUGGGGUCCUUUUGGGAGGUUUUUCUUUUUUGGCUUCUGUGAAAACAACAUAAAUCUCUUGAUUUUCAUAUCAACACAAUGGUUUGCCUCACUGGCCUCCGAAUGGAAAAUAACGGAUCUAGAAAACUGCGACUGCCCCGAGAGAUUCCCACUCUCCAUUAAUUUCCUUGCGGACCGGGCAGUACCGUUCUGCAGGGUUGCGUCGGCUGCGGGCCGUGUCCUACCCGCUGGGAGGGCACCUGGGAGAGGCUGCAGAGGGCCGGCAGGCUUGUGCACCAUUCGGUUCAAAGACAGGCUGGUCCAUGGCUCGAAUUCUCUGUGUUCUGCGGAACAAUACCGAGCGGAAAACAAGCAGCAGAAGAGGCCGGUUUCCUUCUUCUGCCGUGGGCACGGUGCCGUCGCUGGGUGCAGGUCACGCUUCGUCUUAGGGAUCCGAGGUGGCCCCAGAGAAGUUGGGGUGAGAACAGCUGCAUCUUGAGCAGCUUCGUGUUCUACCCCCGGGUCCUGCAGGUCUCACCCCGUGAGCCGUGUUCUGCCACACGCUGCCUUCCUUUCAGCCCGGCCCUCAAGACCCCCCGCGAUUUAGCACCGACCUGCCUUUCAGCUUUAUUUCCCACCACGCCUCGUUUAUCGGCCUCGUGGGCUGCGGUGCAAAGACACGACUUUGCGCACUGAUCCUGGCCUGAGUUCUGCUUCGGCUGCUCAUUAGCUGUGUGACUCAACCGCAGCGGCACACCCUUGCUGGGCCUCGGUUUUCCCAUUCGUGGGCGUGAUGCCAUCUACCUCGUGGAGCUGCCGUGAAAAUUGCACUGGCCCAGGGUGCCGGGCUCCUCAGAUCUGUUCCUCAGUUGCCCUAGUGGACAUGACAGUCACAGUUUCUUUGAAAAUUGUAUAUUUUUUAUCUUAAAAGAAAUUUAUGUGUA